AAAGUGUUGAAUGAAAUUGAAUGGUUAUGAAAAAAUUAUGAUAUGAAGUGAAAGUGCAAAAUAGGUUGGCAGGCAGUGAAAAAGUAUGUCUGUUGUAAUAAAAAUAUUAAUUUGUAAAUAUAUUCAGUCAACAGGUCCUGCCCUGGUUCUAACUGACAAAUUCAUUCAAUAUUACUUUACUUUGCACUUAGUAUGAGGUCCAUAUUUUUGGUUCACAUGUGAGUUACAUAUUAUAUGAUUAAAUGUACAUCAUUUCAGCCAUGGAGGACAUUUUUUUUGGUAUAUGCACCAAAGUUUCAAAAUAGCUUGCUAGUUCGUCAAUGGUGACAUCACAGGGUGGAUUGAGAGCCUGUUGGGAACAGCUACUUGAUCUACUACUCUGUUGUUUUGGCUCUCUACAUUCCUGUGUACUUAAUACACCAUGCUUCCACCAUCUACGGCCACUGCAUUCAUCAUUAGCUACUAAAUUUAAUUUAUAAUCACUAGAUGAUAUUCUUAACUGAUUACAGUUAUCAACAAGUGUACAUAAACUUAGUGGGUCACAUCUCUCAAUUUCUGCCAAACUUCUACUUGUUGAGUCUUCACAGCUAUCAAUACUUUCCAGUUUAAUAGCACUACUACAUUUCUUUAAUAUGUUUAGAACUGGUUCUUUGAGAAUCUUGUUGUGCUUCUUUUUUAAAAUUCCAGAUUUAAGUUUUUUUUUACUUGAACAAGAGCAUCUGGAUUCAUUAGGAACAAAAGUUAGAGGAACUUCCAUAAAGUUUCUCUUCAGUAAAGGACUUGUAAAAGGAUUUUUAUUACUUAUAAUUUUAUUUAAUUUUAAUGGUUCUAUUUCCAGCCGUCCCAUUACCAUUCCUAAUAUUGCUUCUUCUUUGUCCAUUAUUUCUGCUACAUUGGCUAUAGAAUCCUGCUACGAAGUUAUGUUACCGUUACUUACAAACAAAUAGGGUUUCAUACCACAGCUAGUUAUUAUAAACGAAGUGUCCAAAUUAUGAAAUAAUUAGCCUCGCUUCUAAAUAUUGUAAAUAGAAUAAUGGCUAUUGGCCAUGGACACACAAGACAUAACAUAUAUUUUGUUUACGUCAUGCUCUACUGUAAGACUUUCAUAGUUUUCAUUCGUGG